AUGAGAUUCACAUCAGUAUUAAGACAAAUACCAAAAUUACAUCUAUCAGAAGUUAUAGUAAGAGCGGGAGAAGGUUUACCUACGGGUAUAACAGGUUUAUACAAGCAUCCUGAUCCAAGACCUGCUUUAAUAUCAUUAUAUAACGAACAAUUAAAGGUAUUAAACGAUAAAUUUCCAAAAUCAUCAGUAUAUAGACAAUCAGUUGAAAGUUUGACCAAGAAUAGAUUAAGAAUAGUUGAAGAUGAGGAAAUUGUAGAAAAUAUUGAAAAUAAAAUUGGAAAUGGAUUAAUUGAAGAAGUAGUUGUACAAGCUGCUGAAGAAUUAAAUUUAAGUCAUGAAUUAGCUGGAUUAAAAUGUUGGGAAGAAUUAGAAGAAAAACCUUUGGAAGAUCAAUGGGUUUAUUUUGGUAAAAAAAUAUGA